AUGCCUGAUAAUCAAGAAAUUGCUUUGCGCCCAAUGCCACAGCAGGAGGGUGUCCGAAUUGAGGAUGAUUGGACUGGUACUAUCGAUCGAGUUGAGCGAAGAAAGUUGCAGAAUCGUCUGAACCAGAGAUCGUACCCGACCCAAGCCCAGAUACAAAACAACGAUGCCGCGACAAUAAUAUCUAGUCCCGCGCCGCCGAUCCAGAUCGACCGGGACGCAACGGGAUUCACCUGCAGCAUCGGUCCACCUGAAAUCCACUCACUGAUGCGCCGAUUCGAAUCCAUCGCGCUGACAAGCUACGCCUGCAACUCCCCUACAAUCGACCACCUCCUCUCGCUGUCCAAACUCAACAUUCAGCGCGCAAUUAUCGAAAACAUCCAUUCCAUUGGAAUGACGAUGGAAUGGACACAGCGAGAUGACAAUAUCUCCAUUUUUAAUAUGCCCACACCUCAACUCCCUGAUCAUUUAAUACCCCCAAGUCUACGGCCGACACAAUGUCAGCGGCGCAUCCCUCAUCACCCGUGGCUUGACUUCUUCCCUUUCCCGAACAUGCGGGACAAUCUCAUAGCCGUCCAAGAUGUCAUUGACGAUGAUGACUUGUGUCACGACCUGAUGGCGUUUUGGGACACGAGGAAUACUGGAGCCACCUUGCUGGUGUGGGGUUCAUCCUGGGAACCGGAGAACUGGGAAGUCACCCCGGCUUUCUUAGAUAAGUGGGGAUAUUUGCUUGUGGGAUGCGAGGAUUUGAUGAAGAGUACUAAUAUAUGGCGGAGGAGGAGAGGAGAAAAGCCUCUUUGUUGGAAACCGAUUUUGACCAUGCUAAAUUAG